UAUUGGUAUUUCUAUGAGUCAUUAUCCUGUCAGAAUUUUCCAGAUUUACUAAUACGGUAUUGGUUUGCUUUGAGAAAUGGUUUCUAUGUGGUCUUCAAACAUAGCAACAAGGCAAAUAACUUCACGGAGGAGCAAACGGAUCCACAUAAAGCAGCUAUAGAUACAGCGACCGACUUGAGCAUGCUCAGGCUGUUUGAGACCUACCUGGAAGGCUGCCCACAGUUUGUUCUUCAGCUCUUCAUCUUGCUGGAGCACGGCCAAGCUCUAAAUUUGAGUCAGUAUGCAGCCAUCAUGGUGUCUUGCUGUGCUAUUUCUUGGUCAACUGUGGAUUAUCAAGUAGCUUUAAGAAAAUCUUUGCCUGAUAAAAAUCUCCUCAAUGGAUUCUGUCCCAAAGUCACUUACCUCUUCUAUAAGUUGUUUACCUUAUUAUCGUGGAUGCUGAGUGUUGUACUUCUACUUUUCGUAGAUGUUAGGGUCACUUUGUUUCUAUUGUUAUUUCUUUGGCUUGCCGGUUUCAUAUGGGCAUUUGUAAAGCAAACUCAGUUUUGUAAUUCUAUAACUAUGGAAUUCUUAUAUAGGAUUGUUGUUGGAUUCAUUCUUGUCUUUACUUUUUUUAAUAUUAAGGGACAGAACACCAGAUGUCCAAUGUCUUGUUACUAUAUUGUCAGGGUACUAGUUACACUGGGAAUACUGACUGUGUUCUGGGUUUACCCUCUUUCUAUUUUUAAUUUGGACUAUUUUAUUCCUAUCACUGCCACCAUAAUGCUUUCUCUUCUUCUUGGAAUUGUUUUUCUUCUUGUUUAUUAUGUGGUUUUUCACCCAAACAGAAAUGCAGAAGCAAAAUAUGAUGAAGUUGAUGGAAAAUUAGUUCAGAGAGAUUGUAGAAUGAGAUAUUUUCUAAUGGAAUAAGUUACCAAUUUAUGAAAAAAAUUCUAACUUUUUGUUUCAUUGGCUAGUAAAGAAAA